AACACUGAAAAGAUAGGGACAUCUGUAGGAUAUCAUUUUACCGAUAUCUUUUCUGCGUCAUCUCAUGGAUAUCUUCAAGUUGUACUAAAUAAAGUUAUUGCGCCUCAAUUUAGAAGAUGUCUGAAAAUUUCUAAUCAAACACUAUCAAUCAUUUGAUGUCCAAUGGUUAUCGUUAAUUACGAUAUCGAUUAGGUGCCACGGGAAGUUUGCAAUAAGAUAUCGAAAACUUGAGAGACGUGAUAAAAUCAUAAUGAGAACGUUUGCGAUCGGCGAUCCCUUUUUUACUUAAAAGGAUUUCUAACCUCUCUAAGAGGCAACGCCAAAGAAAUGUAUCAAAAAUGUUGAAAAAUAGUAUUGAUAAAUUGAUCCGUAGCAAUAAUAAUCGAGAGAAAAAUGUUCUAAUAGAUGUAGCAAAUGUAAACAAUAUUAAUAACGAUUGUCCCAAUACUAGGAGUGCCGUAGAGAUACAUAACAAUGAUAACUGUGUAGUAGAUAUUUUGGGUAGUAAACAAAAUGAUCAACUUGUUAUAUAUAAUAAUGAUGUUAUUGAUAAUGUAAAUGAACCAUUCGAAAACGUAGAAGAUUUGGAUGACUUUGAUGAGAGGUUGGGAGAUCCUAGAGAAGCUGAUAUGGCUGAUCAAUUUGAAAAAUUAUUAGCUUCAAAAGGAGGAAAUACUCUUUCAAAAAUCGUGAGUAAAGCCAUGUCUGCUUUUAUAACAGACGUGCUGUGCAAAAAAAUAACAUGGACUGGAGUAAAAGAUACUUUAAAAGCUGAAAUUAUGAAUUUUCCUUCUAUAGUGAUAAAAGUUGUACGAAAACAAUUUGCUUGUAAAGAUUCAGAAACUGAAGAGCAAAUUAAAGAUUGGCUGCGGCGUCCAUCUGACCGUAUUGCACAAGCAGCGAAAACUCAACGUAAUAAAAUGAUGCGGCAGGAACGUAGACUACAAAGACGUGGAAAUCGUCAAAAUGAAAACUAAAAUGUCAGACUGAGAUUUUAAAUUAUAACUAUAUUUAACAUUAUUUUGAAAGUAUUGUGUUUAGUUCUGAGUUUAAAUUUGUUUUGAAUCGUAAAAGUGCUAUAAUAGAUUAGUACAAAAAUUUUAUUAUUUUUAAACUUAUACACGUCGAUUUCAUAUAAGUUUGUUUUUCAGUUGAUAUAAAUAUAAACUUUUAGUACUGAGAAAAAUGUGCGUACUAUAUAGAUUGUAACGUUAAAUAAUAUAAUACAAACGUGAUAUUAGAUGUAAACAGUAAAACUUUAUAGUCGAUCAAAACCAAAAAAUAUUACUUACAUCUAUAUAUUAUCAGCUUGGAUAAGAUGUACACAAAUUUUGAUAUAAGUUUUCAGAGUUAAUGUAAGAAAUUUUGUACAUUUUAUACUAAUUUAUUUAUAUUAAAUAAAGGUAAAAAUUCCUUGACAAA